AACUUGGGCAGAAUCAUGAGAAUGAACAAAGCCUGACAAGAAAUUCUUGCUUUAUAUGUGUUGGUUCAUGACAGCCAUUGUCAGGUUGUAAAAUGCCAGGAUGUUAAUUUGAAGUCAAAGAUUUUGACAAAAUGUCAAGUGAACAGGUAGAAACAUUAAGCUGGUUUCAUCCUGGUUGUGACCGUCAUACAGCAGAGAGUUUACUGUUACAGAAUGGAGUGGACGGGACUUACCUACUGCGACCCAGUUCUAAACCUGGUGAUUAUGCCCUCUCAGUCAGGUGUGACUCAUCUGUGAAGCAUUACCCACUAACCUGGACUGGUACGAAUUAUAAAUUUGGGCAUGGAGAAUUUGAUAGUGUUCAAGAUUUACUACACCACUUUCAGAAUAAACCUCUAAUUGGCUCUGAGUCAGGUCAGUUGACCCUCCUUAGUUUUCCGUACCCUCGAGUAAUUGAUGAACCUAACAUGUACGAUACAAUCCGAGUCCAUGCGGAGUUCAGCACAGCUGACGAUUUCUCCCGGGGACCAGAAUUCUCAAUUAAUUCUAAGGAGGGAUUUUUAACAAAACUUGGAUCCACAUUUAAGACGUGGAGGACGAGAUGGUUUGUCCUACAGAAAAACGAGCUACGAUAUUACAAAAAUAAAACAGACAGAACUCCAAUCAGGGCAUUAAAUCUAGACGAGUGUUCUGAAUGCCAAAGAGACAGCUCUCAUAAGGGAAAGUUCAAUGUUUUCAGAGUUGUGUUUAAAUGGCGGACAUUUUACAUGUAUGCCACCACUGAGCAGGAAUGUAACGACUGGAUUUCUCUCAUUAAUUGGCGGCUGAGUAAGCACUUGCAUAGUAAAGCUUCAUUCCGAAUUACGGCAAAAUGAAAUCUGGUCAUAAAAGACAAUCCUCAGCAGCAGUGUGACCAAGUGUAAAAUUAGCAGCCAAUCAAAACAGAGAACAGCAAUAAGAAACACCUAACUGGAAAGAGCAGUUGUCAUAGAAAUUAAUAUGUAUCUUAUCUAAUCAUGGAUGUAAAAUCUGUUAGCAGGUUGUGGUCGAGGGGUAGAAUUUCUUGGAUUUAAAUAGAGUAAAUUAUUACAAUGUUUUACUUAAGAUCAGCACCUUGCCAAAACUUUGGUAUUUAACGAAAUAUUUUUUUAAAGGCUUUACUUAUAUGUACCAUACAUGUAUAUCAAGAAACAUGAACAGAUACAUUAUUGGUUUCCUAAAAUAUUCCUUAUUAUUUUGAAUUCAGUUUAUAGUUUCAAAAGCAAAAUGAACACAUAGUUAAGUAUAUUUUAAUUUUAGUAUUUAGUGUAAAAUACAGUGUAACAUAUUUAAAGUUUUAUUUAUUUAAGGAUACCGAGGGUAAAUUAUGUGGUUACAACAUUAACAAUGUACCUUGAUAUUACUUGUAGUUAGUGAAUAGCAUUAAAUAAUGCUUUAAGUUGUGCUGCUCCUACUUUAGAUGCAACAUGUGAUACACUUACAUGUAUGUGUUUUUGUUAAUCAAGUUAAAGCAUACUAGAAAUGAAACUUUGAGCUCUUCUUGUCAGAAAAAGGAGUAUUGAAAGUUGUUGUUUAGAAUUCUAGCUCAUUAUGUUGAUACUUGUUUGUUUGUAUGACUUGUCAAGACAAGAAAAAUACCAAAUUUUGAUAAUGUGUAGUGAGUAGUAUUUUGAAUUUCUUUUAUAUAUAUUUUUUUUAAUUAGACAGUUAGAAAGUUUUGUGUUAUUUAUUGAUAAUUUUUUUUUUAAAAUCUCCAAACAGCUUUAAGAGAUAGAGCUUUCAGAGUUAAUGUUACUUUACACAUAGACCUAAUUAGUGGUACCAGUACUGUUUACCCUUUAGCAGAGGUACAUGAAUGAAAAAUGGAACAUUUCUCCCAGAAUGGGUCAAAAACUUAAUUCCUUUAUACGAUUAACCUUUAUUUUGCGACACAAUACAUUGUAAUUGAAUAAUUGUAUGUCUAUAGAGCGACUAUCAUUAUAUGUACGUGUGUCUGCCUUUGUCGUUAUGUAAAACUUAAGUUUUGUUACUUUUUCUUGCCAUCUGUGUUGAAAUCUCAAAAUGUUGCAGUUAAAUGGAAAUAGAAUUUUUUUUCAAAAACCUGAACUAAAAAAAAAAGCUUUAAAUCUUUUAAUUCCUGAUCAUAUUGAAGCAAAUAUCCCCAAUUUAAAAAUAACUGAAAUGUAUAUAUUCCUCAAACCUUGGAUAUUAUACUUAUUUACAGAAAACAUAUUCUAAUAAAAGAUAUCCAAGCAUUUAAAAAAAUAUCAUUAGAACAUUUGAUAAUAAUCCAUUUAACACUGACACAGUAGAAUCCAGUGUAUCUUUUGUGUAGAGAUGAAUGUUGUGAAUUUGUUUGUAAUUCAGCUUUUUAUGAACUUAGGUUGUAGUCAAAUUGAUUUUAUAUUAAGUAACUUUUUUUUCUCUCCUCACAACCUCUUUAUUUCUGUGAAAAUAUGUGUUUAAGUGAUUACACCAAGUUCUUUUAGAUCUCAAAUCUUAAAUUUACUUCAUUCAAUAUGAAUGUUUGGGUUUUUUUUAAUGUGUAGACAGUAUUAUAAAUGUGCUCACAAAGGUAGUUUUCUAUAGAAAAUUAUUUCUACAAACCUAUUCAAUGCUUGCUCAAUGUUUCUUAUCAAUUCCAUUAAGGGGGGAUGGCUUUGUAGAUAUUUUAAAAUGCAAAAAUCAGAUAGAUUUUUUUAGAGCUUGACCACUUACCUAUAUGGAAGUCAAGAACGAUAACCAAAAUUGCUAUAAAAAAGAUGGGUCAUAUAUUUCUGACCAAUCAGAAUUUUGUUUUUAAAUGAGAUUUUUAAAUUUUACCUUCCCAAAAUUUUAUGCAUGUGUAUUUAGGAACAUUAAGGCAUAUAAUUAUAGUAAUUUUAGGAAUAGAAUUUGCUGUAAUGAGGCUGCAUCUCCAAGAAUAUAACAUGCUAGCAAAUUUAUGCAAAUGUUGCUGUCUGGUGUGGUUAUGUUUUAGCACUGGUAUAUUGCAAUAAUACAGUCUCAUUUCAUGGGUAUGCUUAAUUGUUCAAGUCCAGUUAUUUGUGGCAAUAUUGUAGCAAAAGGAAUUCAUUUUUUUUUUACCUAGUUAUAUCCAAUCCUCUGAGUUUAAAACACCUUUCCUUCUGUCCUUUUAUUGCACAUUUAACCUGCAUGACUGCAGGUAUUCAGCAGGUAUGAAAUCUGUAGCAUGAACGGGUCUAUAUGGCCUUGUUUUAAAACUCCCAGAACAUAUGGCAAACACAUGUAUGUUAGAUGAAUGUUACAUGUAGUUGAAUGCUUAAGCAAGAGGUUCAAGAUUUUAUUUACCAACAAUAAUAAUAACCCAUGUAAUAAUAUAUAAUUAAGAAUAUUAUUAUUUAGUGUUAUUUUUUUGUAAAUGAUAGCACCUUUUUAUAAAUGUGCAAGUUUUUACUCAAAGAUGACAAUUUUUAAGCACCUUCGGACAAAUGUGGAAUUUUUUUUUUUCACUCCAAGAUGAAAUUUUGAAAGUUUGUUCAUGAUAAAUUACACAUUGUAUCGAGAAUAGCUAAAAUUCUCCAUACAGUUCAUCGUGCUAAAUAUUUUAUAAUUUAUACCCACCUCCUAUAUGAUAUCCUAUAUUUUUUUUUAUACUGUAUUUGUAUAAUUAUACCGACACCAAAUAAAUGUUUAUAAGGAUUCCUAGAUAUAUAACAAUAUUAACCAAGUACUUGCAUUUUACAAAGACUUGUAUGUGGAUUAUAUGAUCAAGUUUAUCAGAGAGUUUUAUCAAUGUUAUGGGUUAAAUAGGCUCUGGAUGGGCUCUGAAUUAAUGAAUGUGUAUUUUUACUUCUAGAAAAUGAAGCCUUUCUUUUAUGCAUUAUAAGCAGCUGGUGUUCAUUAAAUCUCUAUGUAAACCUGCAAUAGUGCCUGACUAUUACAGAAAUUUCUGUCAUUUGUGUUAUUAUUUUGUUUCUUUUUGUUUUCAAAAAAUUAGAAAUAAAUUUUUUAUUUCAAAAAA